GUUUUUUUAGUACUUUACUACCUACUUUAGUAUUUACUGUUAGUACUUAGCAGUUGUUAAUUGUUGCUGUUAUAGACACUUAUAACAAUUCAAUUUUUAGUUAUUUUAAAUUUAAAAUGCCUGUUUUAUGUUCUGCAAAAUGUGGUAAAAACGCAGUGUUAAAGCGCCCCAAAACUGGAGAUACAUUAUGCAAAGAAUGUUUUUAUUGGGCUUUUGAACUUGAAAUUCAUAGCACCAUCACAAAUGGUAAACUAUUCAAAAAGGGCGAUGUUGUAGCAAUUGCAGCUUCAGGUGGAAAAGAUUCAACUGUACUAGCACAAGUUCUUAAGAUUUUAAAUGAUCGCUAUAAUUAUGAAUUAAAAUUAGUGUUAUUGUCUAUUGAUGAAGGAAUUACUGGUUAUAGGGAUGAUAGUCUAAAAACAGUACAAGAAAAUAAAGAUGAAUAUCAAAUGCCGUUAAAGAUAUUAUCAUAUGAAGAGUUAUAUGGUUGGUCAAUGGACAAAAUAGUUGCUGAAGUUGGCCGUAAGAAUAAUUGUACAUUUUGUGGUGUAUUCAGAAGACAAGCUUUAGAUAGAGGUGCAAUGUUAUUAAAUGUGAACUGUAUUGCUACUGGUCACAAUGCAGAUGAUAUUGCGGAAACUGUACUAAUGAAUAUUUUAAGAGGGGAUGUUGCAAGAUUACAAAGAUGUGUAAAUAUCAUUACUAUCACAGAAGGCACUAUUCCUCGAUGUAAACCUUUAAAAUACACGUAUGAAAAAGAAAUAGUAAUGUAUGCAUAUUUCAAGAAAUUGAAUUAUUUUUCAACUGAAUGUAUUUUUGCACCAAAUGCAUACAGAGGAUAUGCUAGAACAUUUUUAAAAGAUUUAGAAAGAUUAAAACCAUCAUCAAUUAUGGAUAUAAUUCAUUCUGGUGAGACAAUGUGUAUUAAAAAGAAUGUAAAGUUGCCGGACAUUGGUGUUUGUACUAAAUGCGGAUUUGUGUCAAGUCAAGAUAUUUGUAAAGCUUGUAUGUUGUUAGAAGGAUUAAAUCGAGGAUUACCUAAACUUGGAAUUGGCAAAAGCAGUAAAGCUCAUAAAGCAUUGGCAUCAUUACCAGACCCAAAGCUACUACAUUUUUGAUAUAUACAUUUGUAUAUAUUAUAAUGUGAAGAGUACGAUAUUUGUACAUAUUACAAUCUUUAUAAUAAUUAAAGAAUUGUGAAUUUGUAUUAAUAUAUAUAUUUUUUGUUGUAUUUUAUAUAA